AUGACACGGCGCUUUGCCUCGUGGUGGGACGUCGCCACCGCCACGCAGAACGACGAUCCAUGGGAGGAUCCGACGCUGUAUGCGUUUCUGUGCGAUGACGUGCAGAUUGGAUUCAUCCAGCCACAUGUCUGGGCGGUGCUGCAGCGCUAUGCGCACGCCUUUGUGAUGGACGAGCGGCGCAUGACAUUUGGCCCCGCAUGCACAUCCGUGGACGCACGUACAGACGCGAUCAAUGCCCUGGCCGUGCAGCUACGUGAUCACGGCGAGUUUCCCGAGGCGCUGGGUGGCUGGCGCCAUGAGCAGUACGCCGUGUAUGGACGAGACAAGUCGCAACGCACCUACAUGGCUUUUACACUCGAGCGCGCUGCCUGCGCCCUUUUCGGCUUUGCGACGUUUGGCGUGCAUCUCACCGCAUACACACCCGAUGGACGCGUCUGGGUCCCGAAGCGCUCGGCGACCAAAGCGACAUGGCCCGGUAUGUACGACAACUCGGUCGCGGGCGGCAUCACCGCCGGCGAAAACGUGCUCGAUACCAUCGUGCGCGAAUGCGAGGAGGAAGCGAGUCUCGAUCCGGAGCUCGUCACCGCGCACAUCCGCGCUGUCGGCGUCAUUUCCUACUUUUACAAGACACCGACACACGGGUACCGCCAGCCAGAGAUGCAGUUCCUCUACGACUUGUGCCUGCCCUCGAACGAUGUGCGCCUCCAGCCCAACGACCAAGAGGCGCAGUCGUUCGAGCUGAUGGACAGGGACACCAUUUGGCAGCUCAUAGUAGCAGGCGCCUUCAAGCCCAACUGUACUCUAGUCCUUUUGGACUUUUUCAUACGGCAUGGUUGGCUCACGCCGGAGAAGGAGCCGGACUAUACCAAGCUCGUAGCACUCCUGCACACGCCCUUGCGUGUGCCCACGCCCUAA